GACAGAGUGGGGAAAGGAGCAAAGCAGAGUUAGAAGCCGGACAAAAAGAACUUAUAGAAAGCCCUUAUAUCCAUAUUUUCCUCAUGUUUUAGAGCGCGUGGUGUGCUGWGUGCGGAUGGACUUGUCCCUGUAAGUUAUGGAGCCCCCUUUAAGCAAGAGGAACCCGGCGAUAAGAUUAGCGGAUUUGGCAGCAACUCAGCCCCUUCCUCAUCAGAAUAUGACAGGCUUCCCGGGGCUAGGGGGGCAUCACCCUCUCUCCCACCAUGCCCACCUCCACCCUGGGGAGCUGGGCAACGACCCCGGAGUGGCACUCACUCCAUUUGGACCAGAGCACAUGGCACAGACAAAUGCUCUCAAACUUAGCCCAUCUCAGCACAUUCAGAGCCACCCCGAAGCCCAGACCGCGGCGUCUUUCACUCCCGCUCAGACCACAGUUGGUUUCCCCGUGGCUCACCCCCACUCAGGCUACUCAAGCAGCAGGGACUUCAUCCUCAGGAGAGAACUCUCAGCCUCUGCUAUGCAUGCACUUGGCGACCAGCAUAGUUCCGCCUCCUCCCCUCAUCACCAUGGCAUGUUCAUUUCGCCAACAGGUGCUUAUGGGCACGCGGAAAGCGGGGCCCAUUCGCUUUUCACUGGACUGCACGAGCAGGCGUCCCCAGGCGCGCACCACCACCACCAUGCCCUCAACGGGCAGAUGCGCCUGGGUCUGCCGGGGGACAUCUACGGCAGGCCGGAGCACUUCGGGCACAGGCCGGAGCACCACUACGGAGCGUCCUCCCUGCACAGCUACAACUCCAUGAACCUCAACGUCAACAUCGCCUCCGCUCCUCACGGAGCCGCGGGGGCGUUUCUGAGGUACAUGCGGCAGCCCAUCAAGCAGGAGCUCAUCUGCAAGUGGAUCGAGCCGGAGCAGAGCCAGAAGAAGCCCUGCUCGAAGACGUACAGCACCAUGCACGAGCUGGUCAACCACGUCACGGUGGAGCACGUCGGGGGACCCGAGCAGAGCACGCACGUCUGCUUCUGGGAGGAAUGUCCGCGCGAGGGCAAGGCGUUCAAAGCGAAGUACAAACUGAUCAACCACAUCAGAGUUCACACCGGGGAGAAGCCUUUCCCGUGUCCGUURCCCGGCUGCGGGAAGGUGUUCGCGCGCUCGGAAAACCUCAAAAUCCACAAGAGAACUCACACAGGAGAGAAGCCCUUCAAGUGCGAGUUCGACGGCUGCGACCGCAAAUUCGCCAACAGCAGCGACCGGAAGAAGCACUCCCACGUGCACACCAGCGACAAGCCCUACUACUGCAAGGUGCGCGGCUGCGACAAGUCGUACACGCACCCGAGCUCGCUGCGCAAGCACAUGAAGGUGCACUGCAAGUCCCCGCCGCCCCCCGGCUCCGCCGGCCUCACCUACAUCUCCUCCGCGAACCCCCUCGGGGGAGACGCGCUGUCGCCCGCCUCUGACGCGCACAGGACGCGCUCGGCGAACCUCUCCUCCCCUCAGGUCACCAACCUCAACGAGUGGUACGUGUGCCAGGGGAGCGGGGGUCCCCCCAACCACSUGCACACCCCCUCCAGCGACGUGCCAACGUCAGACUCCGACGACGAGGACUCUUUUAGAAAUUCGGACCCGAGGACGAUGCUCUGACGCCUCAUGGGGCUGAACCAUUUUGGACACUAAAAUUGGCAGAUUAUCAUUAAUUAUAGCAGCAUUUCUUUUCCCACAAGUGACCCCUGAUCCUUAACUUAAAAAGAAACCAACAACUCAAAUGAUCCAGAUUUGGCUGGAACCUUUUUUCUAAUUAUUUUAUUUAUUAAAAUCCAUACACAGGGUUUAAAUUAUAACUCCACUGACGUGCUAAAGACUUUUUCCCACAUGACCUCUAAUCAUCUCGAUGCUGUUAAAACUAGAUUUAGUCAGUGUGACAUGAAAGGAGGGGAACACUUGUAACCUCACAAGUGGCAACAAGCAGUUAAAUCUAAAAGAGGCCUUUAAAACAACUUGUUUGCUUUGAGGUGCAGAGGGACAGGGGGAAAAAAAGGGGGGCAACAAUAAACAAGGAAACAAAAAAAUCAAGUGUCUUAAGGGUUUURCAGAUUUUUAGAAUAUGUUUGGGUGAAAUUUUGUAAUAUUUAAAACUAUUUAAGACUGUAUUUUAUGCAAAAAGAAGAAAAAAAAUACACAAGUGUAGUGCUUGUUAAAUUCCCUUGAGGCACUAAAUGUCUCCACCAGACAGACUCUGUAGGAUUUGUACAUAUGUGUAAUUGUACUGAUGUUUGUGAAUCUUGUGUAGUAUUUUUUUUCUUGCAGAGGAAUUUGUUUUGAAUAUUGUAAUUUAUUUUUGCUGGUUUCAGUGUCAUUGCGGAAAACACCAAAGAAUAAUAAUAAUUAUUAUAAUACUAUGAGUUUUGGUGAUGUGUGUAGAGCCCUGCUGAUAUUUCUUUUUUUAUUUUUUGAUAACAUUUUUAACACUUUUGUUUGUGUUCUGUAAGAAGAAGAAAAAACAAAGAAAUCAUCUACUUGAAUAUAUAGGCUGUGUAAUGUGAAGAGUCCUUUUUCUCGCAUGCCUUUGUAGUAACCUGUCUUUCAUUUGGAGGUGCAUGAUGUCACUGGACAUGAUAAGAAAAAAAAGAAAAACAAAAGCUGGGAGGGAUGAAUCAACUUGAUGUUCAAAAUUUCAUUUACAACCUAAAAGCCGUGCUAAAAUUUAAUAAAAAAAAGAUAUCAGGAAAUCA